UUCACUGCUUUUUUUUGCCUGGAGUGAACCUCACAGGCUGCGUUAUUUCCGAAGAGGUGUCGUUUCAGAAUGAGGGGUGCUGUAGCUCUGCUGGUGUUGCUGUUCUGUCCGUCUGGGACACGGACUCAGGGAGAAAGUGGUGGGGACAGAGAGAGUUUGGUAGAGAGCCACGGGACUGAAGAUACAGAGACGACUAGUAAACAGACGACUGGCCAGACCAUCACAACCCCUGAUAUCUGGGGCGAGGUAGAGGAGCUUAGAGACAUGGUGGAUAACUUGGGAACUGUGGUUUUGGAGCAGAGACAGAAGCUGAGGAACAUGGAGAAACGAGUGGAAAGAAGGUGGAGAGGAAAAAGGAGCAGAGGAGCUGAGGCCAGACUGGAGAGUGAGAAUGCAGCCAUGGGCGCCAGACUGAGUGCCAGUGAAAGGGAGGUGGGGGAGCUGCAGAGAAUGAAUGCAGCCCUGGAGGCCAGAGUGACAGACAGUGAGAAUGGGAACACAGCUUUAGAGGCCAGACUGAAUGCCAGCGAGGGGAUGGUGGAGAAGCUGAGGAGAGAGAAUGCAGACAGACCAAAGGUGGCCUUCUCUGCUGGUUUGACUAACGAUGGACAUGUAGGACCCUUUAAUAGUAUCACCACACUAGUAUACAGAAGGGUCAUCACCAACAUCGGCAAGGCCUACAACCCAAAUACAGGUGUCUUCACAGCCCCAGUGAGAGGACUCUACUACAUCAGAUUCACUGCCAUGGGUCUCAAGGGUCCACAGUCCGUAGAUGCCCAUAUUUACCACAACGACAAGAGUGUCAUGUUCAAUCACCAGAACAAUGACAAUGGGCGUAAUAGGUUCUUGUCUAAUGCGUUGACUCUAGAGCUGGAGGCCGGGGAUGUGGUCUACAUGCGUCUCCCAGUCAAUCAGGAGCUCUAUGAUGAAAAGUCGAGUAACUACAGCACCUUCAGUGGCUUCCUGCUCUUCCCUAUGUGAAGGGAGCACUCUGGUGUGAGUUUGAGAUCAAUCAAUUAUCCAGAUCAUUUGCACCAUUGAUGUAAAGCGACUCCUUCACUCCAUCCAGGCUUUUGCUUUUGUAUUUUUGACAAUGAGAAAUGCAGAGGAAAAAGAAAAUGAGAUCAUAUAUAAUCAUAAAAAGGAAUGAUUUAUUUGAUUUGAAACUGUAAAAGGUUGUUACAUUCAUAUGUUGAUGGACAUAAGAAGUCCAGACCCCUCUUUGACCAGUAACCAAAUCAAAGUGUGAACCAGUAACACAACAAUGAUGCUUGACUUAGUAGUGGUGUACAAGGCACUCUCCGGUUGACAUUAAACAGGCUGUGUGUGGCUCUCCCCCUA